CGCAUCAAUCGGGAGGUCACCGCGCUGAAUCUAAGAUUUUACAGUAAAGCUGCGAUUAUCAGAUCCAUUGAGGCUGAAAAGAUCGAUCAUCAGAACAAUGGGUAAAAUUGAAUACUUCAUCGUCGAAUUUUAUGGUGGCAAGACAACGUUUUACCCCGGUGAGGCACUGAAUGGUACUCUACGUGUGAAGGUCAACAAGGAGUUAAAACUGCGAGGCAUUCGACUCGAGUUCCAUGGCAAAGCACACAUUCAUUGGUCUGAAACGACAGGAUCUGGCGAGCAUAGAAGGACAAGACAUUACAGUAACAGUGAAACGUACAUCAACACUAUGGCGACGUUGUUUGGCAAAGGUCCAAAUGAGAGUGGUGACGAUCCAGUUCUGCAGCCAGGGGAAUACUCUUACCCCUUUCAAUUUCUCAUUCCAAAUCAAAAUAUGCCAACAUCAGUUGAAGCAAAUCAUGGCUAUGUCCGAUACUGGCUCAAGGGAAUUAUUGAUCGCCCAUGGAGAUUUGACUUCACAACAAAGGCAGCAUUCACCAUGAUUGAGUUUGUUGACAUCAACACAUUACCUCUCCUGCAACCCUGUCAGAUGGCUGAAAAUCGUGAUGUGGGAUGCCUGUGUUGUAAGUCUGGUCCUCUCAGUAUUACACUCUAUACUGACAGGGGUGGGUACUGUCCUGGUGAGUCUAUUGGAGUCUCAGCUGUCAUCAGUAAUAAUUCAAAUAAUGAAAUUAUUGGUCUGGAGUUCCAACUUAUUCAAGCCAUCAUUUAUAUUGCCUCAUGUGGAAAGCAAAGGCAUGGUGAGGAAAAGGUCGCAAGCAUGUUUCAGGAAGGAGUGAAGCCUGGUGAAGAGUCUCGUUUACCAAUGCUGGCAUUUACAAUUCCAUCAUUACCACCGUCCACAUUAAGUUGUCAUUGUUUGAGGCUGUCGUAUGUCCUGAGGCUGAAAGUCAGAGUGAAGGGUGCCUUCAAUUCAAAUGUGAAUAUCCCAAUCACUCUUGGUUCUGUGCCAUACAGACCACCCAUGCCACCACAGUAUCCCCCACCUGCCGCACCUAAUUUUGUUGGUCCACCACAACCCUUGGCAGGCUUUAGCAGUAUGGCAGGUUACCCUGAGGCUUCUCAGCUUGGUGAAGGCUCACAGCCUUAUCCAAAUAUAGCUCCUCCAUCUUAUGCAGAAUCUGUCAGAGGAGGAACGUCGAUAAAUGACGAUGGUGACUCUGGGAAGGCUCUGGGUAACAAUACGUUCACACCGAUGUACCCGUUUGUUUAUAACUAUCAGUUCCCUUCUGCUCCGCCGGCGCCAUUUCCUCAAGAUCCUGCAACUAAAUCGACAUUUUAGGACAUCAUUGUUUUUUUGUUUUUGUUUUUUUCCUGCGUGAAAUCUGCGAUUUUAGAGGGGAAGUUUGAGAUGUCCUGUAAAUACAGUAUGUUUCUCUAGGUAUUUAGUUAACGAUAUUUUAAAUCAGUUACAUAAGGACAGUUCCUGUUUUUGUGGAAACUACAUGUUUCCUAGAAAGUCAUCCUAAGCAAAAGAAGCAGACAAUACUCUACGAAGGGACUCGAUCGCUCUGACCAAGGGCUAUCGUUCGAAACGUUACCCUUUAAACUCUUUACUGUGGCUAAUUUACGUUUUCAACUCAGUUAACACUAAAUUACUCGUUCAUUUUUACGCGCAUACGUUGUAUAUACAGAACUCAUAGAAAUCUGACCUUUAGAAUUUGAAAUGAUGAACGAGUCAACGAAACGUCGUUCGAAAUUAUUGUUGCCGAAUUUUACUCUUAAAUCUCGUAAUCUUUUCUUAAAUGGGAAAAAAAGUAUUUAUCUUAACCUAUGUAAAGAAAAGUAAUUUUCUGGUGUUUUAAAUACCACACAUUGCUUUCACGAGCAUAGAAUGCAGUUCGUUAAUGUAUUGCACAAACUAUUGCGUUCUUAGUAUUGAGGUCAGGUGUUGCUAUGUGAGAACUAGGACCUGCUUUGUGGAAAUCCUUAAGAAAGAAUAAAUUUUGUGUCUGACCAAGCGGUCCGAAA